CAUGGCGAUAGGGUGGCAGUUCUGGUUGGGACUGCUGGGCUGCAGUUUUGCACUGACUCCCCGGGAGAGCCCUUCCCGGGAACUGAAGGAGCUGAAUGGAUUGUGGAGCUUCCGGGCGGAUCAGUCCGCAAACAGGAACCAAGGAUUCGAGGAGGGCUGGUAUAAGCGACCCCUGAGAGAGACAGGGCCAGUGAUCGAUAUGCCUGUUCCAGCAAGUUACAAUGACAUCAGCCAGGACCACAAGCUGAGAGACUUUAUUGGCUGGGUGUGGUAUGAAAAGGAGGUUUGGAUGCCCAAGCACUGGACAUCGCCUAAUGCAGGAAUGAGAAUUGUGCUCCAUGUUGGUAGUGCCAAUUACUACUCAGUUGUUUGGGUAAAUGGUGCUGAGGUUGCCUUUCAUGAAGGUGGCCACCUUCCUUUUGAAGCAGAUAUCACUAAAGUUAUUCAGAACAGUCCAUCUCAUCAAUACAGAAUCACCAUUGCAGUAAACAACACACUUACCCCAUAUACUUUACCUCCUGGAACGAUUCAGUACAUGACUGACACAAAAAGAUAUCCUCCAGGUUACUUUGUGCAGCUUACACAGUUCGAUUUCUUCAACUAUGCUGGGAUUCAUCGCCCAGUUUUACUAUACACUACUCCCAAUGUCUACAUAGAUGACCUGACCGUUGUAACAGAUUUUCAAGAUGAUGUCGGGAUUGUAAAUUAUAAAAUAUCCGUACAGGAGAGUGCACACUACUCAUUAUCACUAAAGUUGUAUGACCAAAAUGGACAGGUUGUUGCUUCAAUCACAGAUGGGCCUCCAGUUGGACAGUUGAAAUUAAGAAAACCAGCUCUCUGGUGGCCAUACCUAAUGCAUGAGCAACCUGCGUACCUUUAUAACCUUGAGGUUUGCAUGAAAAGCAAAAAUGGUAGCAUCAGUUAUGAAGAUAUUUACACAUUACCAGUUGGAAUUCGUAAGGUUCAAGUUACCAAGACCCAGUUCCUUAUCAAUGGGAAACCAUUCUAUUUCCAUGGAGUGAAUAAACACGAAGAUUCAGAUAUACGAGGGAAAGGCCUUGACUGGUCAGUGAUUAUCAAGGACUUUAACCUUCUCCGAUGGCUGGGAGCAAAUUCUUUCCGUACAAGCCAUUAUCCGUACGCAGAAGAAAUCAUGGAUUUGUGUGACAAAUAUGGGAUUGUGGUCAUUGAUGAGUGCCCAGGCGUGGGCAUCAAGGAUCCUUUGAGUUUUGGAAAUAAAUCCCUUGCUCAUCAUUUGACUGUCAUGGAAGAGCUAGUGCGCAGAGAUAAAAACAGACCCUCUGUAGUGAUGUGGUCUGUUGCAAAUGAACCAGCAUCUGGACUACCAGAAGCAAAUCAUUACUUCAAGACGUUAAUAUCUUCUACUAAAGCAAUGGAUCCAACCAGGCCUGUUACCUUCGUUACCGACACCAGCUAUGAUAGUGACAAAGCUGUGCAGUACACAGAUGUUAUUUGCGUGAACAGCUAUUUUUCCUGGUACCAUGACUCAGGCCAUUUGGAGGUCAUUCAGUUACAGCUUAACGAUCAGUUUGAAAACUGGUACAAUAAAUUCCAAAAACCAAUUAUUCAGAGUGAAUAUGGAGCUGAUACUAUUGCAGGACUGCACAGUGAUCCCCCGGUAAUGUUUUCAGAAGAAUACCAAAAGGCUGUAAUGCAGGAAUAUUUCAUGGUAUUUGAUGAAAGAAGAAAAGAUUAUCUGAUUGGAGAACUAAUCUGGAAUUUUGCCGACUUCUUGACUGCUCAAAGUACAAAACGGGUAGAUGGGAACAAAAAGGGGAUCUUCACUCGCCAGAGACAACCUAAAUCAUCAGCUUUAAUUCUGCGGGAUCGCUACUGGAAACUUGCCAAUGGGACUAAAUAAUUAUUUUAUUGGAUCACAUCUUUGGCCACCGAAUACAGAAGAAACUGUUUACAGAAGAUUUAAUUGAAAUAUGUAUUGUUUUCAGGGGAGAUGGGCUUUACUGGCUGGUCAGAAUUUCCCAUCUGUUCAGAGUUGUUCUUGAAGAGGACAGUGAGCUGUCACUUGAACAGCUACAGUCUGUUUGAUGUAGGAAACUCUUGUGGAGGGAGAUCUGGCCUUUGGUCCAGCAACAGUGAAGAAACUGAUAUUUCCAAGCCAGGCUGGUGAGUGGCUACAAGAGAAACCUACAGGUGGAGGCAGUAGUGGUGCAUAAAUUUAAAAGGUUCCCUACACAGCAUCCUCCAGACCCCUUGACACAUCAGAUACCCGGGAACAUGCUGUUCCAGCUUGUAAAGCCAACAGUCCCAACUGAAUUUUUUAAAAUUACCACAAAGUAUUGAUGUUACUCUGAGGUGUGAAUAUUUCCACCCUAAAAUUCUCUCAAGAUGCAUUAUAGCCACACUUUCAAAAUCGGAAAAGACCGUUAGAUUAGUACUGGUGCUUGUUUGUCUAUGCAAGUUUAGGUAUGAAGUGUUCAUUCCCAAUUACACAUUUUAUUUUGACUCUACUCUGAAUUCAGUAUCAAGAUAGCUUUUCCUCGGCUAAAAGAACUAAACCCUGUUACAUGGUUAAAUUUUUUGAGAGCCAAUUUAAAUGUAGUAAUAUCAAAUUGAAAUCCCAAUCCUAUUGUGUCUGGCAUCACAAUUGGGAGCUAUCACAAACACUUCAGUUAUUACUCCAAUUUUUUUAUUUGGUAAGUGGUCUCCUUGGACAUUGGCAAAAAGGUCUGUUACAAUGGUCACAGACACUGCCGUUUUGCCACAGUGGCACUCAUUCAAGCUGAAUUCAUGGCAAUGCAGCAUGGAUAUUGGAGCAUUCACCCCAAGGUUCAGGUUCAAGUCCAACUCCAGGGCCUGAGCACAAAAAUGAACUGCUCAAAGUGGUCUUUUAGGUGAUGUGAUAAAGUAAGGCAGGUGAACGUAAAUCCCAUUGCAUUAUUGUCUGGCUGUAAUCAUUGCUGCUUGAGUUUUAUAUAUACACAAAUUGGCUCAUGUAUUCUACACUUUGAAAGUACUUCACUUGCUAAAAAGCACUGAGUACCUGGUGUUGAUGAGAAAAGUGUUAUGUAAACAAGUCAUAUCUGCAACUAGCUUCAGAAGUUUUUAACUGGACUCAUCUUGCCCCUGUAAGCAAGCAAGGUGAACUACAAAAGUUGAAAAUUGUAUACAAUAGACUGUUUUUAGGGUUAAGUGGCAUUGGGCCUGAUGACUUGGGGAUAUUGAUCAGUUAUCGAUAUCAAUGUUAUAUAAAAGUGUAACAUUUUAUUAAAAACUGGGGCUUUGGGAUUGGAAUUGCACAACUGUCCCAUGAUAAAAGGUGAAAACUACAAACUAGUGACUGCAUACAUUAUUAACAAAUUCAUAGCAAAAUACCAACUUUUUUUUUAGAUUAGAUUCCCUACAGUGUAGAAACAGGCCCUUUGGCCCAACUAGUCCACACCGACCCUCCGAAGAGUAACCCACCCAGACCCAUUUCCCCCUGACUAAUGCACCUAACACUGGGCAAUUUAGCAUAGCCAAUUUACCUGACCUGCACAUCUUUGGACUGUGGGAGGAAACCGGAGCACACCGAGGAAACCCACGCAGACACAGGGAGAAUGUGUGCAAACUCCACACAGUUGCUGCAAUUAAACCUGGACCCUGGUGCUGAGGCAACAGUGCAAACCACUGAGCCACCGUCCUGCUGAAGUCUGCUUUUCUUUUUCCUUUUAUAAAGGACAGUGAAGAAGGUUAACUCAGAUUACAACAGGAUCUUGACGAGAUGGGCCAAUGGGCUGAGAAGUGGCAGAUGGAGUUUAAUUCAGAUAAAGGUGAGGUGCUGCAUUUUGGGAAAACAAAUCUUAGCAGGACUUAUACACUUAAUGGUAAGGUUCUAGGGAGUGUUGCUGAACAAGGAGACCUAGGAGUGCAGAUUCAUAGCUCCUUGAAAGUAGAGUUGCAGGUAGAUAGGAUCGUGAAGGCAUUUGGUAUGCUUUCCUUUAUUGGUCAGAGUAUCGAGUACAGGAGUUGAGAGGUAAUGUUGCGGAGGUACAGCACAAUGGUUAGGCCACUGUUGGAAUAUUGUGUGCAGUUCUGGUUUCCUUCCUAUCGGAAGGAUGUUGUGAAACUUGAAAGGGUUCAGAAAAGAUUUACAAGGAUGUUGCCAGGGUUGAAGGAUUUGAGCUAUAGGGAGAAACUGAACAGGCUGGGUCUGUUUUCCUUGGAGCGUUGGAAGCUGAGGGGUGACCUUAGAGGUUUUACAAAAUUGAGGGGCAUGGAUAGGAUAAAUAGACAGUCUUUUCCCUGGGUGGGGGAGUCCACAACUAGAGGGCAUAGGUUUAGGGUGAGAGGGGAAAGAUAUAAAAAGAGACCUACAGGGCAACUUUUUCACACAGGUAAGUGUGUGGAAUGAGCUGUCAGAAGAUGUGGUGGAGGCUGGUACAAUUGCAACAUUCAAGAGCCAUUUGGAUGGGUAUAUGAAUAGGAAAGGUUUGGAACAAUAGGGGAUGGGUGCUGGCACGUGGGAUGAAAUUGGAUUGGGAUAUCUGGUCAGCGUGGACCAAUUGGAGCGAAGGGUUUGUUUCCAUGCUGUACAUCUAUGACUAUGACUCUAUAAAAGCAAAGACAGUCCAAUUUCCCCUCAUUUAUCACUAAUUAGAAUAAUUAGCUUUCUUUCACAAAGAUACAGGAGAACAUUGAAGAAUUCUGAUUAUUUAACCUAUCUUAUAAAGGAAAAUCUUCUAAAUGAUAUUGAAAUUUUUCCUGUAGCUUCACUUAAAAUACCUUUUGAAAAGCCUUAAACUGCCACAAAGCUGAGGCACAAUUCUUCAAAUGUUCAGUUGAUAAAGGUACUCAGAAACUGAGUAUACACAUUCUGUUGCUCUGACAUAAAAUGCCUUGAGCAAGUUUUUGGAUGAUUUCAAAUCAUUCUUAACACCUUAGGAAGUUGUGUGGUUAUGUCAGUGAUUUUUUGAAUGGUUAAAAACAAUUUGGAUAUUGGAAUAAAGCAUUUAAAGUGAAAUUUCUAAGAAAAAGCACAUUUGAGUAGUUCAAGCAUUUUUUAUUGAAAGUGUUCAUAAGUAUUGUAAAAUAAAACUGAUUUGGAUCAGA